CCAGAACACAACACUUCACCUUUCAGAGUUUGAAGUAUCGGUCGACAGUUGUCAUUGAAACACCAUACAGUAUCCUCAACCAACAAGAUUCCAACUUUGAUUCCCAAUCCACAAUUCCAACAACACCCAGAAACGUUUUCAGCUCACUCUCGAAAUUCACACUCACCCACCUCAAAAUUUUUGGUUUUCAUUUUAUUUCCUUCCAAGCCAUGAAUUUCAGGAGCCUGGAAGAUUUCUGGGCCUUUUACAUGAACCAACACUCCAAGGCUUCCACAAGGCGCUGGCACUUCGCGGGAACACUCUUCAGCAUUCUCUUAUUCUUCUGCUCUCUCUUGUUCAGUUGGUGGUUCUUGCUCCUUGUCCCUUUCUCUGGGUAUGGAUGUGCCUUUUAUAGCCACUUGUUUGUAGAGAGGAAUUUCCCUGAGGAUUUGAGACACCCCUUUUGGUCCCUCUUGUGUGACUUCAAGAUGUUCGGGUUCAUGCUUACUGGCAACAUGGAUAGGGAGAUCAAAAGGCUCGGGAAGAGACCUGUGCUGCAAGUGUUUUGAUUUUUGUGUUAGCUUUUGAUUAUUAUUAUUAUUUUGAAUAAAUACUGAAAGUGGAUUUUUUAAUUUAUUUUUUUAGAAUAAAGUUUUAUAAUUGUUUAAUAAGUUAUUUGGGUAUGUGUGGAUGAUUUUGCCUUAUGUUGUGGCUGAAUGAACCAAAUAUGUGUGUGAUGCUGCAACUUGAUGGAGUGUGGCGUGAGUGAUUUUGGUGAGACAUUAUAGCUGAAUAGGUCAGUGAAGCUAAAGGGAAUUGUGUGAAUGUGGUUUAAUUUGUGUGCUGCUGCAUAUAGAUGUUGAAGAUGUGUUGAUAGUGCCAACAAUCUCUGAAGAGCAAAAACAAUGAAAAUUAUUGAGAACAAUAUACGAAAGGUCAAAUGGAUAAAAGUAUCGUAGUGGAAUUGUUGCAUAAGGUUUUAAAUUGCAGUCCUAGUUGUGGUUUCUGUCGUGAUCCUUGAUAUUGCAGCAAAUUACAACAAAUUUGGCUGAUGUGGCUGCAAUUGCAGUAGCGAUAUGGUUGCAGAGACUUUAAACCUCUUGAUGUUGUGGCCGCAAUUGCAGUUGUAGACUGUUUCUAAAAGUUUUUCAAAUUGGAAUUUGUGAGGGGAAAAAUCUAUAGCCCUGCAAUGUUACAUUCUUUGGUUAAAGAAUUUGAGCUAGCUAGUUCCAUUUCAUAGCAGUGAUCAUAACAGCCUUGGAAAUAUUUCUCAAAAGAUUAUGUGAAGGGAUAUUGCAUAGCAGUUUUGGACAAAAUUGAUGUCCAAAAUCUGUGGAGGAUCAACUUGAUGUCCUUUGUAUAUUCAGUGAACUAAUUUGUGUGCUGUUAGGAUAUUAGGAGAAGGGAAAGUUAGUUAACAUAGUUAGACUAUUAAUAAGUUAGUUAGUUAGUUAGUUAGUUAUAGGGGUUUAUUAGAUAUAAAUAGGGGAAGAAGGAUGGGGGAGAUUUGGAUUUGGAUCAUUUGUAAUUGAGCAUUAGCUCUUAGUGAAAGGAGAAAUCCUUUGUGAAGGGGAAAUCCUUGGAGGAGAGUUUUCUCUCCUAUGUUUUGUAUUUUUCUUACUAUUCAAUAAAAACUCUUUUCUUUCCCAUUCUGAUUCUUGAUAAGCCUUUUUAAUUUCAUCUAGAACUUUAUUUACUUGUUUGACCCUAGAGAUUCAGAAAGGAUUGUAGCUUGCACCUUGAACUUUAUUUGGAUGAUUUUGCACAUGUCUGGGUGCAUUUCCUUGAUUUUAAUGUAUACCUUUCUUAUACCAAAGAAAUUUAAAGUUUCUCUUCCUGGUAUGAUUUCAUUAUUUGACCUGUCCUUGAAAGACUUGAUAAAUCUCUCAAUUUAAAUCAUCAACCAGAAGACUAAAUACUUAUUUUAUUAUAUUGUGUUUGGAAUGUAGUUUGGGCAAAAUCUGGUCUCUUGAAGCUUUUGUCCAAACCAUUGUUUUGUUGGAGACUUGGAGGUUUUGAGCUGAAAUCCAAACAUGAUAAUGUCUAGCUGAAUAAAGCAACCAUUAUAGCUGCAAAAUUUCCAGAACAUCUAUAAAGAAGAUUUGUUUGCCUUUAGCAUGGUUUUACGGCCUCAUUUUGGGGUUCUUCAAGCAGAAUUUUCCUGACAGAUAAGUAGAGGGAUGAGAGAUACUCUAUUUGUUUUCAAUUUUAUUUCUUCACGAGGAUCUUAUCCUGCAUUUAUUCUAUGUAGUCUCUCUUUUACAACUAACUUUUUUUUUCUAUUAAAAGAAUCUGUAAAAUAUAAAUAGUUGGAUCUUCUGCUGAAACAGGACCAUUGAUUUGAUAUUCUUCAAUGUCAAUGUUCCCUAAAUGAAUCUUUUGGAACUACUGAGUGCUACUAAUUGUUCAGUUUCACCAUUUCUCAAGUUUGAGGUCUACCUUGGCUAAGCAUUCUAAAUAUUUACAUGAAUUUAAUGUUGCCUCAAUGUGGCAGCAAAUAUUUCAUUUCUUUAUGCUUUCAUUUCGUUUCUCUUUUCUUCUGUUUCAAAAUUCCUAGUCUGUGUGUAGGCAGUGUCUCUAGAUGAAUUUGCUGUCUCUAGUGCAAUAUAUAAGUUUUCUGCCUAAACUUCUGAGCUUCUACAGGAUACAAUUCAUUCAAAGUCUUCAACGGGGAAGAUGGCAUUUUGUGAUUAGCUACCAAUUUCUGAAAAGAAGGCCCUUUGAUGUUCAAAAAUCAUAGUAGGAAGUGUACAAGAUACCUGUCAAGUGAACUUAUCAAAUACCGCAUUUAACUAGACAUAUGUGGUACCUGUUGAAACAUUAGUUGUUACCUGCUAGCAAUUGUUGCGUGCGAUUCGAUAAAAGCUUUAUAUUCUCA